AUGGAUGCGAAGGAGACGCCUGUGAUCAUCCCUUUCAUGCACGAAGGCAUGCAAGAAGUUUUGCCGAUUGGUAGCAAGUUCCCGCACAUCUGCAAGAAGGUGACUGUUCUUGUGGGAGAUCCAAUUCUCGUGGACGAUUUGCUUGCCAGAUGCAAGGACCAAGAACUCACAACCGAUGCUCUCUACGACGCCGUCGCACAGCGCGUGGAAGAGAGAAUGCGGGCGAUGAAAGGCGAGCUACAGCAGCUGGUGACAAACGAGAGACUAGCGCGCGAGAGAGAUCGCAAGCUCUAUCUGGCUCGACGAGCGAGCGGGAUCUGGGAGCACAUCGACUGGGAAAUGGAAGGCUUUUCACUCCACAGCGACGACGAGACGAUUGAUCACUCCCAGCAUCAGCAGCAGCGCGAAUUCUCUGAGAUCUCUUCCGAGGACGCAGCAAAAACGAGCUGGAUGGAUCAUCCAAUCCAUUCCAGCGAUCGCGCGCUGGAUUCCUCGCCAAGCAUCGCGGCGAGAUUGAGAGCUUUCGGCGAUCCAGCAGCGAUGGUUAGCUUCGCGGCACGGGGCAUCGCCUGGAACUGGAAGAUGCCCGAGUUCAAAUAUGGUGUCGGCACGUGGACGGCCAGAUUGUGUGGAAAUCAAGGGCUGGGAUUGUAG